UAAUUAUUUCAAUACAUGUUUCAUAAUCCGAAUCUUUUCAUAUUGUGUCUUACCCUUAAUCUUUCACUCUUGCAGCCUCAGCUGUUAGCAGCUGUCAAGUUUAUUGCUCACCUUGUAAACCAGCAAAUUGUUCACGAGCUUAUUGCUCUCGAACUACUUACCGUUUUGUUGGAGAAACCUACAGAUGAUAGUGUUGAAGUUGCAGUUGGUUUUGUUACAGAGUGUGGUUCAAUGCUUCAGGACCUCUGUCCACGAGGAUUGCAUGGAAUCUUUGAGCG